AUAACACAACACAAAUUGAAUUGUAUUGUUAAUUUGAUACUUUUUAAAUUGGCUUUACCUUCAAUAAACACAAAGCACAAUAGUUCGUUCGACAGAAUGUGUUACGCCAUUAAGUUCAUAUACCUGUUUUGUUUCCUAUUAGUUGUACCCAAUGAGAGUAGAGAAAUUUUGGGAAUAUUUCCACACUUUGGUUAUAGCCAUUUCAAAGUGUUCUAUCCGUUACUACGCAACUUAGCCGAAAGAGGUCACAAUGUAACGGUCAUUACAUACAUCAAAAGUCCUGAUCCGCCUUUGACAACAUACCAGGAACUCCUGUUGGAACAAGUGGAGGUGAUUAAUGUUGUACCCUUGACUGAGUGGAUGCCACGGACGUGGAAAGGUCUCAUCGAUGAAUAUGUGGGUCUUCAUGUAGAGGGCCAGGAAUCUUGUGAGCGUCUGUAUGACAGUGGUUAUAUUCAGGAAGUGCUGCAACGCCAUGAAAAGAAACCAUACGACAUUGUUAUCACCGAAUACUUCAACUCAGAUUGUCAGUUGGUUGUUCCCUAUCUCAUGAAAACGCCAAUUGUUGGCUUGAGUAGUUGUCUCUUGAUGCCCUGGUAUUAUGAACGUAUACUGCUGCCAGACACCCCAUCAUUUGUACAAUCAGAAUUUAUUGGAUUCGCUACACCUCUCAAUUGGCACGAAAGACUAACAAACUUUUUACAAGCUAAAGUCUUAUCGCUACUUUAUCGUUUCCAUACUAAUCAUCUUGAUAAUGAAUUAAUACGCCAUCAUCUGAAUGUGACCGUUGAUGUCAACGACAUAGCAAAGCAACAGACCGCAAUUAUAUUUGGAAAUCAACACUAUUCAUUGACUGGCAUACGUCCGCAUUCGGAACAGUUUCUUGAAAUUGGAGGCAUUCAUAUUCAGGAGAAUAAAGUCAAUGAGAAGCUACCGGCGCCAAUUGAAAAAUUCUUGGAAAAGUCCACUGGCGAAAAUGUUAUUUUCAUUAGUUGGGGUUCUAUGAUUCGUGCAUCUACUAUGGAUUCGACUAAGCUAAAUGCGAUAUUGACUGUUUUGCAGAAAAAUAAUUUAAAGGUCAUUUGGAAAUGGGAAACCGAUGAUGUUCCAAUAAAAAGUAAUAAUUUUCUUUUUGUUAAAUGGGCGCCACAAUUAGCACUACUGUGUCAUCCGAAAGUAAAACUAUUUUGGGGUCAUGGCGGACUAUUAGGAACAACAGAGGCCGUUUAUUGUGGCAAACCGAUGAUAAUAACUCCAAUAUAUGGCGAUCAAUUUGUAAAUGGUUUUGCUGUACAAAAUCGAAAAGCUGGACGUAUUUUGAAUUUCGAAAAUAUAAAUGAAAAUAAUUUAGAUAAAAUUCUAAAAGAAAUGCUGCAAAACUCAAGAUACGAAGAAAAUGCCAAAGGACUAUCGAAAAUAUUUCGCAAUCGUCCCAACACGGCUUUAGAAAUAUCAACCUGGUGGGUUGAACAUAUAAUGGAAUAUGAAAAUGCGCGUGAAAUGUUACAUACACAUGCUGUUGAUUUGAAUUGGUUUAUAUAUUAUUCAUUAGAUUCUAUUUGUAUUAUAUUGGCGACCCUCAUUGGACUAAUAAUGAUUUCAUGGUAUAUAAUGAAAUUGCUGAUGUCCUGUACCACAAAGAAGAAAAGCAAGUUAAAACAGCAAUAG